UUCCUUCAAUUUGCAUACAAUAGCCUUGGUCGUCAACCGAAUGAUUUAAUCAGAUGUCCUUGUACUAAAUGUUUUAAUUUACCGUUGAUAACUUGGGAAAUGGUAUGGGACCAUCUUACUAAGUAUGGUUUUAUGAAUGCUUAUUUUGUUUGGUGGGCACAUGGUGAGACAUUUGUGGAUUCAGUAGAUCCAUGGUCUGCUACUAAUCUAGGAGAAUCAUCACAUAGCCAAGAUACACACCAUGAUAAAAGGAAUGACUUUCGUGAAACUGAUUAUAACUGUGGUGUUUGUGUUAAAGGAACCACAAUUAAUUCUGCAGAUGAAACUGAUUAUUAUGGUGUCUUAAAAAAGGUGAUCGAGUUAGUGUAUUAUGGACACUUAGGCCAUCAAGAGACUAUAAUAUUGUUUAAUUAUGAUUGGUAUAACACGAACCGAGGAAUACGUGUUAAUGUUGAACACGGAAUUGUUGAUGUUAAUCCAAGGCUUAAACUUUCAACGGGGGAGCCAUUUUGCCUUGCUAGUCAAGCACAACAAGUUUAUUAUACUCCAUAUCUGGCAGCCACGGAUAGAACUACCCAGGGAUGGUUGGCAACAUGUAAAAUCAAAUCUAGACAUGUAAUUGAGACCUCAUCUACCUCAUCUUCAGGAGAUGUUGAUGAUAUUUUUCAAGAUGAUGACCCCUCCAUAAUGCAAGGCUCUUCAUUAGCUAUAGAUUUAACUGCAUACCAAUCACUUCAAAUAUUUGCAGAAGGUGUUACAAAAGUUGAGGUUGAUGCUAAUACAUCUGAAGAAGAGGAGGACUAUGGAGAAGAAAAAGAUUCAGAAUCCUCAGGAAAUAGUGAUAAUGUUGAGGAUGGUUCAGCAAGGAGGAGAUCUUCCUCCUCAGGAUCACAAGAGCAACACAAUUUUAAUCACCCACAGCUGUUUACUAACAGUAGCGUAGCUCCGAAUAUACAGCAAACGAUUGAUCCAUUAAUGAAUUAUAAUUUUGCACCUGAUCAUGAGAACGAGGGCCCUUCAUCCUCGACGGGGAAAAAAGGAUGGAGCAGGAAUUUCAAAGGAAUACGCCCUCCAGAAAAUAGAGAGAGCAAGAAAUGGGUUAAACUCACUGAUGAUAAGCUCCAGUUUGCUGAUCCAAACAUCUCUCGGGCUAUCACUUCACUGUGGAAGAUACUAAUGUUGCGGAGUGCACAGAUAGUCAUGGCUCUGAUGCUAAUUCAUGGCCACGCAUGGAUAACGAGGCAUAGGAAGAGACAACCCCGCAAAAACUUAAUAGCAGCACUGAUGGCGUCUGACUAUGAGGAGACACAGGCAAAAGAUCAUGAGGAGUUAGAAAGACAACGCCAACAAAUUGCUUUGAUGCAACAGCAACUGGCUAAUAUGAUAGAAGCUCAGAAUAAUAUGAGCCAGACAAUCGCACAAUUUGUUGCAGCAGCUCUAGCCGCUCAUGGCAUCUCCCCUCAGGUAGGUCAUCAUCCAGUUGCCCCACCACAGCAGUCACAUGGUCCUGGCUCAGGUCUUCGCAUGAAUUCAGCUUUCACCUACUCAAUUGAUUCUACACAAACCUCUCCUAUGGUCCCUGAAUAUCAACAGCAGCGGCAGUUUCCGCCUCAAGAUGAUAAUGCAUGCCAUCCUACUUUUGAUCCAAACUAUCAGGGUCCUUAGUUUUUUUACUUUCAUGCUACGCACAUUAUCUACAUACUUUGCAUGGUUGGCUUUAUUUCUAUUAGUACUUUAAACUGUUAGCUUUAGCUUUUAUUACGAUAUAUUUUCUAAUUUUGCUUGACCUCUAGUGAUUGACCUCUAGUGAUCAUACUUCAAAACGUAUAAAGUUUUGGACUACUU